GUAGUACUCUUUGCCUUGCCUGUGUGACAGAUUUUGAAGAGUGAACAGCCGCAUUAUUUUUCUUAUUUUGUAUUUAACAUACUUCGUUUAAAAAAAAAAUCCAAUGUAUUUGAAAUAAGUAUAUUGUUAGGAUGACAAUGGAAAGGAGGAUAAAAUUAAAAACACUCAAUAGUCACAUAACUUGUAAAAUUUGCCGUGGAUACUUUAUAGACGCCACCACUGUCACAGAAUGUCUACAUACGUUUUGUAAAAGUUGUCUUGUCAAGCAUCUCGAAGAGAAUAAUACUUGUCCAACAUGCAAUAUAGUGAUACACCAGUCACACCCAUUACAGUAUAUCAGUUUCGACAGAACAAUGCAAGAUAUUGUAUAUAAGUUGGUGCCUGACCUACAGGACAAUGAGAUCAAACGUGAGCGUGACUUUUACCGUGCACGUAACCUCCCAUGUCCUAAAGAUGCUGCACUUGCAGCAGAUAAGCCGGGUGGAGGUGAUGAGCAAGAACAACCUGAUAACACAGACUGUCAUCGGAAAGAUGAACAAGUUAAUGUAUGUUUGGAAUGCAUAUCAACAUCUCUGCGAACUCUAAAGAGGAGCUUCAUUAGGUGCUCAGCACAGGCCACUAUUACUCAUUUGAAGAAAUUUGUAGCAAAAAAAGUAUUAAAUGGCAUUGAAAAAUAUAGAGAAAUAGAUAUAUUAUGCAAUGAUGAAUUACUAGGGAAGGAUCACACACUAAAGUUUGUAUAUGUAACGAGAUGGCGAUUUCGAGACCCACCAUUGAGGUUACAGUACCGCCCAAAGAUAGAUUUGUAAAUUAUAUUAGUUUUAUAACAAGUAAAUUGUAUGAUGAAAUAUAUUUCAAUUGGCAACAUC